GAAGAGUAAGGACGUUGCUAUAUUUCUCUCUGUCUACCUGAUUACUAACGUGGCCACUUGAAUAAUACAACAUGCACUCUUCAAAGUUAAACAACUGUUUAGAGAAUCACUUCAAUAUCAAAGAGGAGCAUGAAUUAGACAGCGUGGGCAAGAAGGCCUGGGUGAACCCCGCUUACAACGGCUCACCAGCAACAUCUCCUCUAAAAAUACGAGCUCUCUACAACCCCAGAGCACUACUGGAAAACCCUUACGAGAACGUGGGCAAACUGGAAAUCCUGCCACCUUACCCAGUGGACAUCAAGGCUGUGGAAAGCGAGGUGCCAAAGAAAGAGUCUCAUGGGUGCUGCUACUUCAUCUACAGGGGGAUCCGAGGAUUGUGGGGCACCACUUUAACAGAGAACACUUCAGAAAAUCGGGAGCUGUAUGUGAAGACCACCUUGAGGGAGCUGGUUGUGUAUAUUGUGUUUCUGGCGGAUAUCUGCUUGUUGACUUAUGGAAUGACCAGCGGCAGCUCCUACUACUACACCAGCGCCAUGUCUGACUUGUUUCUCAACAGCCCAAGUGACAGUGGAGUUACCUUCCAAAGCAUUGGCUGCAUGUCUGACUUCUGGUCUUUUGCCCAGGGACCUUUGUUGGAUGGCCUAUACUGGACAAAAUGGUAUAACAAUCAGACCAUCACUCACAGCCCCCAGUCAUUUAUACUCUAUGAAAACCUGCUACUUGGCGUCCCUCGGGUCCGUCAGCUGAAGGUGCGGAACAACUCCUGUGUGGUUUACAAGGACUUCAAAGAUGAGAUCCUCGGCUGCUAUGAUGUCUAUCAACAGGACAAGGAGGACAAGAGCUCAUUUGGAGUAUUAAAUGGCACAGCCUGGAGAUACUCAUCUGAAGAGGAGCUGAAGGGGUCGUCUCACUGGGGCAUUAUAGAGACCUACAGCGGUGGUGGCUAUUAUCAAGAUCUCGCAACAAACAAGCAAGACAGCACCAUGAUGCUUCAGGAUUUGUAUAGGAAUCUGUGGCUGGAUCACGGCACCCGUGUUGUCUUUGUUGACUUCACAGUUUAUAAUGCCAAUGUAAAUUUGUUCUGUGUCAUAAGGCUUGUGGUUGAGUUUCCAGCGACGGGUGGAGCAAUCCCUUCAUGGCAGAUUCGAACUGUGAAACUGAUUCGCUACGUCAACAACUGGGACUUCUUCAUCAUCGGCUGUGAAAUUGUUUUCUGUGUUUUUAUCUUUUAUUACAUCGUGGAGGAGGCGCUGGAGCUGCGUAUCCACAAGCUGUCCUACUUCAAAUCUGUUUGGAAUGUACUGGAUAUCGUGGUCAUCUUGCUUGCCAUUGUUGCAAUUGUAUUCAAUGUAUUUCGCACUAUAAAAGUGAAUUUACUUUUGGACAAGUUGCUACAGAAUCCUGCUAUUUAUGCAGAUUUUGAAUUUCUGGCAUUUUGGCAGACUCAGUACAAUAAUAUGAAUGCUGUGAAUUUGUUCUUUGCCUGGAUUAAGAUCUUCAAGUAUAUAAGCUUCAACAAGACCAUGACGCAACUGUCGUCAACAUUAGCCCGCUGUGCCAAGGACAUCUUGGGCUUUGCCAUCAUGUUUUUUAUUGUAUUCUUUGCCUAUGCUCAGCUAGGCUACCUUCUAUUUGGGACCGAAGUGGAGACCUUCAGUACCUUUGUAAAAUGCAUUUUCACCCAGUUUAGAAUUAUCCUGGGAGAUUUUGACUUUGAUGCAAUCGAUAAUGCCAACCGGGUCCUUGGGCCAAUCUACUUUGUAACCUAUGUCUUCUUUGUUUUCUUUGUGUUGCUGAACAUGUUCUUGGCCAUAAUAAAUGACACCUACUCCGAGGUUAAGGAAGAGCUUUCCCAGCAGAAGGAUGAGCUCCAUUUUACAGACAUCUUCAAACAGGGAUAUUUGAGGACGAUGAUGAAACUAAAAUUAAAGAAGGAGAAGAUCUCUGAUGUGCAGAAGACCUUAAAGUCAGGAUCCAAAGAGCUGGGGUUUGAGGACUUCCGGGACAGCUUGCACAAAAUGGGCCAUGCCGAUCAUGAGAUUUCUGCAGCAUUCACACGGUUUGAUCACGACGGCAAUCAGAUUCUGGAUGAGGAAGAGCAAAAAAGAAUGAUUCGUGAUCUAGAAGAGAAGCGGGUGGCGCUGAAUGCAGAGAUAGAGAACCUCGGACGAAAUUACAGUAAAAACACUUUUGAUGAACCAGUGGAGUGCGUAGAUGUGAAGAACAGCAACAAACCUGACCGAAGUGCCGAGAUCUCGCCGGAGGAGUUCCAGAUGUUACUUCGCCGUGUCGUUCACCUGGAGAACUCAGUCGGCAACAUAGUGUCUAAGAUGGAUGCACAGGCCAUAAAGGCAGAACUUGAAGACAAAAACAAGGUGAAGCGAAAGGAUAUGAUGAGCAAAAUGAUGGAUGAGAAGCCUGUGCCAGGGAACCUGCUGCAGCACAAGAGCCCAGAAGCCACAGGGGGUGGCGUACUGGCAAAGCCCACUUUUGGGCUCAAUCACCCAUCUGAUGAGGUCUGGCUAGGCAGCUCUACAGGGUCUGCCUUCCCACCACUAGGUACCCGGGCGCGUGCCAAUCUACACUUCUGAGGAGACAAACCCACAGUAUAAUUAUUUAAAAGAUUCUUCAUGUAGACUAUUAGAAGUGUCACGUGUGCCCUAGGACAAACACUCUAGAUAGUGGACUGCAUUCAGCCAGUCAUUGGGCGUCUUCACAAUAACCAGCGUUGUUUGAAUUACUCCCUCCGUGUAAACAGUAGAAGUGAAAUCUGACAGCAUGUUAAUGCCACAUUAAACGAGGUCGGCCACUCGGUUGCUAAUCUUAUAAAAACGAUUCGAGCCAAGGACAAAGCAGAGGCCUAGUCCAGUUUUCAUUUGAGCAUCUCAGCACAAACAGCCCGAGCUGUCCUUUCUGGACUGAUGUCUUCUGAGCUCCAUCACACUCCUCUUAUGUAAGACCCUUUCUUCCCAGUGUGCUUCAUGACACAAUAAAAUCCACAGUGCUAGGCUUCCUAUGAGAUGCAAUUUGUCAAAUAAAUCAAAUUUUACAGUGAUCUGAGAGGGCUCAGUGUGAACUAAAGUUGCAUUUCUUUAUACAUUGCAAACAAAAGUCGCUUUUUUUAGUGCUUUUCUAUAGCGAACUCUACUCUAAGACUCAUUAUGUGCACACAAAUCUACAGUAUACUAGUUUCCAUUUAUUUUUUUAACUUGCAGAAUAACCAGGAAAACGAAGAUGUUUAACAUCGAGCAGUGAGGUAGAGGUGGUAAUUGAAGAGCUCAGGGCUUCAGCCAUUACUUCACAUUGUCUUCUGUAGGUACCAUGCAGCACAGUGGAAACUGGCAAAUAAAAAAAACCUUACAGCUUCCUACAGUGCUUUGUGGUAAUAAUGGCUGUGUAUAGCACUCUGUAAAGAGGAUGUGUGGCCUGGUAAAUUUCUGCCCAAUUCUGAUAAGUAUGAAAGAUAUUGUAUGCAAUAAAUAUUGCACUGAAAGUGCUUUAGGAUGGUAGUUUUGUGUGACAAAUACCCCGUAGUAAUUAGGGGGUCCUGUUACUGUGUCAGUCUUAGGUGAAAACUGAAAUCUUACUCUGGUAAUGUGAAAUAUACAAAGAUUACCAUCUUCUGACCAACAUCUUGCACAACAUCCAUUAUGGUUGCACUUUGGGACCACCGGAUUUAUGCGCACACAGAAGGCAGAAGCAGGUCAUUUUUUAAGAUAUUGCAGCGCAUGUGUCGGUACCAGACGUACCAGCAGUCACUGAAGCCAUGCCAAGGUUACAUGUAUGGAAUACCACUUGGGCAAAACUUAAAAUUAAAAUGGCAAUUAUUAAAUGAAUAAUCAAAUGAAAAAUUAAAGCAAUAAAUAUAUAUAGAUAUGAAUGAGUAAUUUAACAUAAGUUAAAUAUGUUACCUAAUUAUUUUAAAACAUACAGUGGUACCUCGGUAUACAUCCUUAGUCCGUUCCAGAUCCAUGGACUUCUACCAAACAGGACGUAUACCAAACAAAUUUUUCUCCUAAGAAAUAAAGGGAAAAUGACUAAUCCGUUCCUAUGA